GCGCGGGGCUGCACGUCGCGGCCCCGGCCAGCAGGAGGAAGGAAGAGGAAGUGAGAGCGGCGGCGGAGAGCCGCCGAGUGCCUUUGCCCGCCCCAGGAUGGGAUAGCACCGGGGCAGCGCAGCGAGGCGGCAGCGGUGGCAGCGCGGAGCCUGGCUCCCGCGGUGGUGGGCGGCCAGGCGGCUCCGCCGGCCCCGCGGGGCGGACACGGCUCUGCCCUCUCCGGGAGAACUAAUACAGCUGUCCAGCUGUCCCCUGAGAAUGGUGUAAAGUAAACAUAAGAGUUCCUGAAAAAAAACCCCCAACACAGCAAAUUGGAGUCGUGUUCAAAUGAGCAGUUGACAAGAUCAGCCAGUUCAGUGUAAAUUCCUGGGUUUUCUCUUCUUGUGUAUUAACAUCCUCAGAAGUGCAGACAAAAUGUGACAAAAAGCUUGCUCUGCCUGACCAGAACUUCACACAGUAGAAGGCUGGUUUGCAAAAUGUCAGCAGCAACUUUGGACCUUUCAAAAGACACUGCUUUUUCUUCAUUGUUCAAGGCUUGAUAUAAAUCCAGUGACGUGGGGUACUUGAGAAUAGUAAAUAUUGUUAUGCACAAAUAAGAAUGAAUGGCUUGAAAAUUUCAUGACAAAUUACUCAUGUUGGCAUUGCAGCGUGAGGACUGUAUAAUGCUGCUAUAUGAUAGGAGACAGACAGUGAUUGUAAGUGCACCCUCGAAUAUGCAGGAUGGUCAUCUCUGGCAUUUACUUUUCCUGUAGUGGCAGCAUCUAGCAGUGGGCAGUUGUAACAUCUGAUGAUUUGAAUUGUCAAGUGAUGCCUUUACACUCAAAUCCAUAAGAAACCAACCUUUUCCUCUCCCACCCACAGCCUCAUUGACAAGUGAAACAUACUGACUUGCAAAAAGUAUGUCAAAUAUGCAUUUAAAUGCCUUGCUUCUCUGACGUUUCAGUUGAGAUGUGCUACAUGUGACUUUGAAGCAUAAUAGCACAUUGUCCUAAGCUGAUGGGGUUAGACAGUGUUUGAUCUCUUCAGCUGAACAAAUGUAUUGUUUCAAUGCUAAGGAAAAAGACCUUUUAAAUAGGAGAAUUGGUUUUAUACAUUUUUAAAGAGAAACUAGGAUAUAGCUCCAACACAGGGCCACCAAGAUGAUCAGGGUGUCUGGAACAUCUUUCAUACGAGGAAAGGCUGCACGAACUGGGGCUGCUUAGUCUCGAGAAGAGGAGACUGAGGGGGGGUUCUCAUUAAUAUUUACAAAUAUCUAAAUGGUGGGUGUCAAUGGAAUGAAGCUGGAACAGAAAAGGUUCCAUUUAAACAUAAGGAGAAACUAUUUCCCUGUUGAGGUGAGGGAGCCCUGGCACAGGCUGCCCAGGGAGGAUGUGGAGGCUCCUUCCUUGGAGGUCUUCAAGACCCCCCUGGAUGUGUUCCUAUGUGACCUGAUCUAGGUGACCCUGCUUCUGCAGGGGGGGGUGGACUAGGUAAUCUCUAAAGGUCCCUUCCAACCUUACCAUUCUAUGAUCUCUAGAGGUCCCUUCCAACCCUUACCAUUCUAUGAUUGUAUGAUAGCUGUGGUUUCUUUUUCCCUUCAGAUUCACAGCAGUAUGAUGUUGAGUAGUGUUUCCUCAGGCUGAGGUUUGAAUGCAUCAGGGAGGGUAGAUUCUGUGGUAUUGUUAAGCCCCUUAAAAGCCAGUUAUUUUAACUAAACAGGGUGUGUAUAAGUUUACUUUUAAGUUUGGGGUUUUUGUUUGUUUAAUAUCUGAGAAUUAAGAUCCUUAAAGUACGUGUGUUCUAAUGACAGUUUUGGAAACAUUGUGUCUGUUGACCUGUUGAUGUUCAUGAAAAGUCAAGGUGGUGUACCUGAAAGUGUGAAUGAGAGAGACUCUCUGCAGUAUUUAGUGUCCAGUUGUACUGGCUCCGAAGAACAGCAGCGUCGCAAUGCCCCCUCCUGCUGAUAUAGUGAAGGUGGCGAUCGAAUGGCCAGGUGCCUUCCCCAAAUUAAUGGAAAUAGAUCAAAAAAAGCCACUGUCCUCAAUAAUAAAAGAAGUCUGCGAUGGGUGGUCUCUUGCAAAUCACGAUCAAUUUGCACUGCAGCAUGCUGAUAGUUCUAAUUUCUACAUCACAGAGAAGAAUCGUAAUGAAAUAAAAAAUGGAGCGAUCCUUCGAUUAACAAUAUCUCCAACUCAAAACGCACAGCAGCUCCAUGAGAGGAUCCAGUCUUCUAGUAUGGAUGCAAAGUUAGAAGCACUGAAAGACUUAGCCAACUACUCACGGGAUGUUACGUUUGCCCAAGAAUUUAUAAACCUAGAUGGCAUUUCCCUCCUAACACAAAUGGUUGAAAGUGGCACAGAACGAUAUCAGAAAUUGCAGAAGAUAAUGAAGCCCUGCUUUGGAGAUAUGUUGUCCUUUACACUGACUGCAUUUGUUGAGCUGAUGGAUCAUGGGAUUGUAUCGUGGGAUACAUUCUCUGUGGCAUUCAUUAAAAAGAUAGCGAGCUAUGUGAACAAAUUUGCCUCGGACAUCUCAAUCUUGCAACGGUCACUGGCAAUCCUGGAAUCAAUGGUGCUCAAUAGCCACGACCUGUACCAGAAGGUGGCACAGGAGAUCACAAUUGGGCAGCUAAUCCCACAUCUGCAGGGGACAGACCAAGAAAUCCAAACAUACACCAUUGCAGUAAUAAAUGCACUUUUCCUUAAAGCACCAGAUGACAAGAGGCAGGAAAUGGCAAACAUUUUGGCACAAAAGCAGCUUCGCUCCAUCAUCUUAAGUCAUGUUAUCAGGGCACAGAGAGCCAUAAAUAAUGAAAUGGCACACCAGCUUUAUGUUCUGCAAGUACUUACCUUUAACCUUCUGGAAGACAGAAUGAUGACCAAAAUGGAUCCACAGGAUCAGGCUCAACGGGAUAUCAUAUUUGAACUCCGGAGGAUUGCAUUUGAUGCAGAAUCUGAACCUAACAACAGUAGCGGCAGCAUUGAGAAACGCAAAUCAAUGUAUACGCGAGACUAUAAAAAACUUGGAUUUAUUAACCAUGUCAACCCAGCAAUGGAUUUUACACAGACCCCUCCAGGAAUGCUCGCCCUAGACAACAUGCUGUACUUUGCUAAACAUCACCAGGAUGCUUAUAUACGGAUUGUUCUGGAGAACAGCAGUCGAGAAGACAAGCAUGAGUGCCCAUUUGGCCGAAGUAGCAUUGAGCUGACAAAGAUGCUGUGUGAGAUACUGAAAGUAGGAGAGCUGCCCAGUGAGACCUGCAACGAUUUCCAUCCCAUGUUCUUCACCCAUGACAGAUCGUUUGAGGAGUUCUUCUGUAUCUGCAUUCAGCUCUUGAACAAGACGUGGAAGGAAAUGAGGGCGACUUCAGAGGACUUUAACAAGGUAAUGCAGGUAGUGAAAGAACAGAUAAUGAGAGCGCUCACUACCAAGCCUAGCUCUCUGGAUCAGUUCAAGAGCAAACUUCAGAAUCUGAGUUACACAGAAAUACUGAAAAUACGCCAGUCUGAAAGAAUGAACCAGGAAGAUUUCCAGUCUCGUCCGAUUCUGGAACUAAAAGAGAAGAUUCAGCCUGAGAUCUUAGAACUGAUCAAGCAGCAACGUCUCAAUCGACUUGUGGAGGGCACCUGCUUUAGGAAACUGAACAGUCGGCGUCGGCAAGACAAAUUUUGGUAUUGUCGUCUUUCACCUAAUCACAAGGUCUUGCACUACGGGGACUUGGAAGAAAGUCCCCAGGGAGAGGUCCCCCACGAUUCCCUGCAAGAUAAACUGCCAGUGGCAGAUAUAAAAGCUGUUGUGACUGGGAAAGACUGCCCUCACAUGAAGGAGAAAGGAGCUCUUAAACAAAACAAGGAGGUGCUCGAGCUUGCUUUCUCUAUAUUGUAUGACUCCAGUGGCCAGUUGAAUUUCAUUGCUCCAGACAAGCAUGAGUAUUGUGUAUGGACCGACGGGCUGAACGCCCUCCUGGGGAAGGAUAUGUUGAGUGAUCUAACACGGAACGACUUGGACACACUGCUGAGCAUGGAGAUCAAGCUACGCCUCCUUGACUUGGAAAACAUACAGAUCCCAGACGCUCCCCCACCUAUCCCAAAGGAGCCCAGCAACUACGACUUUGUUUAUGACUGUAACUGAGGCUGCCACUGAACCUUGCUUUGAAACUGGAAAUAUUAUAACUGGAGAGAUAUUAAAAAAAAAAAAAGAGAGAGAAAAACAGAAACAAAACAGAAGGGUGUGAGGAAAAAAAAAAGAAACCCACUUGUGCACCUUGGAUUUUGGCUUUGGGGAGGGAUGUAAAAAACCUUGCAUUCCUCCCUGUUCCCUGCAUCCCUUCCUUCCCCAUUCCCAUCUUCCCCAUUGCUCAUCCAAAUCCUCAUUGCUUUAAUUAACUUGUAAUUGCAGGCCGUUGGCCUCGCUCUAGGCAAAGACUUGCCACUAAGAAGCACCCUCCCGAGGACUUUUUUUACAUUUUUAAUACUGGAAUAGACAUUCUUAACUAAAGGACCACACUAUCAAACUGCAUGCCUGUGAAAGCCACGUGGCAGGGCAGAGGCUUUAACUGGAAGGAGGAGGGGAGGGAGGGAGCAGAAGCAGCUACUGUAAGCAGAAGAUUUCCCCAGACACUCCCAAGAGUCUGCUCACAACUGAAUCCGAUGCGAUGACGAAAACCGUUAAACUGCUCCCCAGUGCUCGCGCCAUCCAUCACUGCCAUUGCUCUUCCCACCGUCAUCUCAGCUCUUGCCACCAGCCUUCACCCAGCUGAUCGGCCCCCCGGAGGGAAAGUCUGCAGGUUUUUGCUGUACCAUACGCUGCAACAGCUUCUUUAUAACUUCUUUUCCUCCCAGCCCUUGAGUAGCCCCACGCUCCGCAGAUCACUCGCACCAGCUCCGUGUGAAGCCACUAGUGUGUCCCGUCCCUGUAGCGUUCCCUAAGCCUCCGUUGCCUCUUAAAAUUGGCUGUGUUGCUAUUCAAAGUGGUUUUUAUUUCCUUGGUCCAAAGUUCAACAGUAAUUUCCACGAAGCGAUUCCAGCUGCCAGCACCCGGGUUUCCGUUGUUGCCGUUGCUGCAGUGUUAGAAAUCCACAAGGGAUUCUUCCUUUUUUUUUGUACGGGUUCUAAUUUCUUUUGUAUUUUAUUUUGCCAAACAAAUAUAUUUAAUGAAAGCUGAUUUCAUUGUGAGUACUUUUGGGGGGAACGAUAUUUUUACUUAAUUUCCAUUUGGAACGUUUGCCCUGAAGGGGAGGUGGGGGAAAAAAAAAAUGAACUAGUAUUUCCCUUCAACUUCACUGUUGAAUAAAAAUCUUGAGUUGUGAUGAUUCUUGGAA